GUCCAAUAAAUGGAUGAUUAAAUGGAAUGAUGACGACAUCACUGCUGAAUGAAGCACUGCCAGCUACCCACAAACUGCAACAUUUACACUUAGUUGACAAAAUUUACAUGUUACCCACUCAUGCUAGGGAGAAGCCACCGUCCGAACAGUUGCAUCUAGUCGGAUUCAACAUUACUUAUUGGCCUCUGUGGCUUCAGUUUACAUCGCUGUCGUUAGCGAUUUUCGUUUUCUACAUUGGAUACGGUUAUAUGCAGGAGCUUAUCUUCAAACUUUCUGGUAUGAGACCAUUCGGGGUUUACCUUACUCUGAUCCAGUUCAUCAUAUAUAGUAUCUGCGGAUGGGCAGAAGGGACUAUGUACCACGAGAGGAGUAGGAAGAUACCAAUAAGAGUGUAUUUCCUGUUGGCAUUCUUUACUGUACUUACAAUGGGUCUCUCUAACGCUUCAGUGGGAUACCUUAACUAUCCAACACAGGUCAUCUUCAAAUGCUGCAAGCUCAUACCGGUCUUGGUUGGAGGUAUAAUUAUACAGGGAAAACGAUACGGGUGGUUAGAUGCUUCUGCAGCUGCGCUCAUGAGCAUUGGCUUAAUUAUGUUUGUUUUGGCUGAUAGCCAUGUUUCUCCGAAUUUUGAUCCGAGAGGGUAUAUAAUGAUCUCUGGAGCCCUAAUUGCAGACGCUAUUAUAGGAAAUUUACAGGAGAAAGUCAUGAAAAAGUAUGGUGGAUCCAGUAAUGAAAUGGUUUUUUACUCUUAUUCGAUUGGAUCUGUAUAUAUUCUGGUGAUUACAAUCUUAACUGGUGAAUUCCAUGAGGCCUUUGCAUUUUUCCUAAAUAAUCCCUGGAAAACUUACGGAUAUGGUUUGAUUUUCGGUUUUCUUGGAUACCUUGGUGUUAAUGUAGUCAUCACCCUUAUCAAGGUCUCCGGAGCUCUUGUGACCGUAACAGUCACAACGCUGCGCAAGGCGCUCACAAUCAUCCUGUCAUUUGUUCUGUUUUCAAAACCAUUCAGUGUGGAUUACGUGUGGGGAGGUCUGACAAUCCUCUUCGCCAUCUACCUAAACUUGUACAGCAAAAAUAAGAGUAGAUGGGACGCAGAAUUGAAACGAAUUGCGGCCAAAGUUCUACGGCCAUUGUCAAAAACGAAAGUGUUUGCGAAAGAUGAUUUAUUCAUGGCGCGAAUUAUUUUGAUUGUGAAAGAUGCUCUUACAAUUAGAAUAUCCAUGGUCACUACUUCUACCUCUGCGGCUAUCGUAAUUCAAGCGUUCAAGAAGCAAGGGAACGGGUUGCCAAGCAUACAUUUCUGUGAUGUUCUUGAUCAUCAGUGA